AUGAUCCGUCUCUUCCUCUCCAGUUCCUCCACUGCCAAGAUGGUCGCAUCGGUACUCGGAGCAUAUUCUCCCCCUCCUACUAUUACUUGGAAGCCAGUACGGGCUCAACACCUGUAA